AUGCUGCAAGGAACCCCCGCAGCGGCCGUGGAGGCGGUGGUCUGGGCUCUUCUGGGCACCCUGACCUGGUAUCAGUGGCGGCGCCACGCAACCGCCGCCAGCGGCGCCGCCGCCGCCCAACAGCAGCCGGCAGCCCAGGAUGCAGCCAUUGAUGCCGCAGCGCACGCCAUUGUGGACACGGCCGAGGAGGAGGCGCAGCGCAAGGUGCAUAUUGUGGGCAGCAGCGUCAACAUCCCAGACAUGAGCGCCAACCUCAAGGCCAAGGUCACGGUGAGCGAGCAGCAGCAGAGCGACCCGCGCCUGCUGGCCGCCGUGUAUGAUGACAUGGCGCAGAAGUUUGAGGGGCACGGGCUGACGCUGCCUGCGGUGGAGGCGAUGCGGCAGUACUUUGAAAACCUGGAGGGGCCCGGCGAGGCGGUGCCGCUUGACUAUGACCGCUUCCCGGUGCCGCUGCCGCCGGGGGCGGUGCGCCUGGGGGUGAUCUUCUUUCAGGAGUGCAACCGGCGGCUGGCGGAGCUGGUGUGGCAGGCGGCACAGGAGGUGCUGCGUGCGCUGCCGCCGGGCAGCAGCGCGCACGCCAACAAGCCCUCCCACUACCACAUCACCGUGUACAUGACCAGCCAGCCGCACACGCUCAGGCCAGACCCGUUUGACCCAGCCAGCGGCGGCCUCAAGCUGGACGGCACGCCGCAGGAGCAGGCCGAGUCUGCCAGGCCCGACCCUCAGCGCCUGACCCAGGAGAUUGAGGCGUUCAGGGUGGCGGCGGCGGGCACAGAUGCGCCGCGGUUUGAAGUGCACCGACUGGUGAUGGCCGACAGCGGCACGCUGCUGCUGUGCAGCGUGGACCACACAGCCAACCUGGCGCAGCUGCGCAAGCGACUGCGCCACGCCUUCCCCGGCGGCCCGCCCAAGCAGAGCACCAUUGUGCACGCCUCCAUCGCGCGCCUGCUCACCCCCAAGCAGCUGACCCGGGAGCAGAUAGACAGAGUGCAGGCGGUGUGCGACGCAUGGAGCGAGCGGCUGCGGGGCAUGCGGUUUGAUCCCGACAGGCUGUACCACAUCCAGGCAUGCGCGCUGGGAUGCGAGCGCACCUUUACGACUGUGGAGGGACCGCGGAUCCCGCUGCCCUUCAGGGCCAGCGGCGGCAGCGGCAGCACGGCGCGGUGA